GCGCGGGUUACUUGCAAGUGUCAUCUCAUCCAUAUCGGAGAGAAACCAGCGGCCGUGAUUCGGUCACCACGACUUGGGGGGUCCUCUGCAACCCCUUCUUUCUUCUCCUCCUCGCCACCGCUCCAGCCGAUGCCGGAGACCGAUCGGGGGGCCCAUCCAACGGACGGCCAGAAUGGGCCGCCGCCCAGCGACCCACCAGCGCGCGAGAAGCAGGAGAUCUCCGACGGCACGGUGGCCGCCGACGCGCCGUCGGAUCAGGACGACGGCGUUGACGCGGCGGUGCCUCUGGUGAGCCCUACCUCGAACCAGCUCACGCUCCUCUACCAGGGAGAGGCCUACGUCUUCGAAUCCGUCUCCCCCGAAAAGGUGCAAGCUGUGUUGUUACUAUUGGGAGGAUGUGAAAUGCCUUCUGGUACAGCUGGCAUGGCACUAUCCUGUCUGCAGGAUGAUAGGGUACUAGUAUUUUGGUUGAAUUGCAUUAUUUUGUUUGCUAUUUCUAAAUCAGUUUUGGAUGAUAUUUUACAGUACACAACUAUGCCAGCAAAGAGGAUUGCUUCGCUAAUUAGAUUUCGAGAGAAGAGAAAGGAGAGAUGUUUCGAUAAGAAAAUUCGAUACAAUGUCCGCAAGGAGGUAGCUCUCAGAAUGAAGCGCCGGAAGGGGCAAUUUGCUGGGAAGGCCAAUCCUGAGGAUGAGGCAUCAGUCUCUUCAAGUUGUGAUCCUGCCCAAAGCUCUAGCCAUGAUGAUAAUCCUCGAGAAAUGAAAAUCUGCCAAAACUGUGGCAUCAGUGAGAAACUGACUCCAGCAAUGCGUCGUGGACCAGCUGGUCCAAGGUCUCUUUGCAAUGCUUGUGGAUUGAUGUGGGCAAACAAGGGUACUUUGAGAAGUGUCGCUACAACCUCCAAAAUGGGCAUCCAGAAUCCUGCCAAUCCUAAUGAGAUGGUAGGAUCUGUUGGAUCAGAAAUGAAGAGUGACACCAAGGCACUUCUUACCUCAAAUAAUCAUGAUUCAGUUGUGACCAGCGCCGAGAUGUGAGUGCAAGAAGCGCAUAAAUAUCCACAAACUGAUUUGAUAUGAAAUUGUAGCUGUAUAUACUUCUUUGCUUUGUUGAGAGCAGCACGAGUACUACUGGCAGAUGUGCAGCAUGAAAUGAAGACAUGGACACAUUUGCCGGAGUAUUUAAACAGUUUUAUACUAAAUAAUUUGUGGGCUUCCCCGAUCUGCAGAAAAUGCCAAUACUUGAAAUGACGAUGUUGGGGAUGGCGGAAUUUCCAAUGUCUAAGCAUACCUGAUCGAUGGCAGCACAAGAGUGCCAUGCUUAACCUGUUUGUACUGAAACCUGUAUGAGCUGGCUGGGACUCGAUGCAUAUCUCUAGAACUUAAGAUAUCCUUGAUUUUUCCUAAAGGAAUCAUAUGAUUUUCGCUAAAAAUUAC